AACUGCAGUAAAAAGGCGGAAGUACAUAGACGUUUUAUCCCGCGAAGUUUUUCUAGAGUCGUGUGAUCAUGAUUAAACGAAAGGCCAAAGGUGCUUCGAAGCCAAUCGGAGAAUGUAUCUCACAGCUUCAGAAGUGUCUGAGGGAGCGACUUUGCCACAAUCGGAUCCCCAGCCGGCUUGAGGCAUCAGAGGCCCAACACAAGCACUUACUGGGCUUGCUCCAGCGAACUGCCAACAACGGGGAAAGUAACUCUGUGCUCAUCAUCGGUCCCAGGGGAUCAGGGAAAACUGCGCUCCUCAAGUGUGUGUUAAGAGAUCUGCUACAGGAAAAGGAAGUGCAGAAAAACCUCCUGCAGGUCCAUCUCAACGGCCUCUUGCAGACUGAUGACCGAAUAGCCCUAAAAGAAAUAACACGCCAACUCAACCUGGAAAAUGUUGUUGGCGACAAAGUGUUUGGGAGCUUUGCAGAGAACUUAGUCUUCUUGCUAGAGGCGCUGAAGAAAGGCGACCGCAGCACCACGCGACCAGUCUUGUUCGUCUUGGAUGAGUUUGACCUGUUCGCUCACCACAAGAACCAAACUCUGCUUUACAACUUGUUGGAUGUGUCUCAGUCGGCCCAGGCGCCGGUUGCUGUGGUCGGUCUCACCUGCAGGCUGGAUGUCCUCGAGUUGCUGGAGAAGCGGGUGAAAUCGCGGUUUUCCCAUCGUCAGAUCCACCUGCUGAGCUCUCUGACCUUCGCUCAAUACCUGGAGCGAGUCGCAUCCCAGCUCAGCCUGCCCGACGACUUCCCCGACAGGGAAUUCGCGCUUGACUGGAACAGCAGCGUGCGGAGAUUUUGUGAAGACAAAUCAGUGGAGGGGAUUUUACAGAGGCAUUUUAACUCCAGUAAAGACUUCCGCUCUUUGCACAUGCUACUGAUGUUGUGUUUAAGUCGCAUCUCUACCGUAAAUCCAACCAUCAAACCUGCCGACAUACUGGAAGCCAGCAGACUGUGUUUCAGCGAUGCAAAGUCCAAUAUGCUUCAUGGUCUGUCGAUCCUCGAGCUGUGCCUGGUCAUCGCCAUGAAGCACCUCAAUGACGUCUACGAAGGAGAGCCGUUCAACUUCCAGAUGGUUCACAACGAAUUUAAGAAGUUCCUCCAGAGAAAGUCCAGUUCCGUGUAUAACUUUGAACAGCCUGUUGUCAUGAAGGCCUUUGAGCAUCUGCAGCAGCUGGAGUUGAUCCGACCUGUUGACGGCUCUUCCGCCAAAACGCAGCACGAAUACCAGUUGAUGAACCUGGCGCUGGACAGCAGUCAAAUCGUAGAGGCCCUGCACAAGUAUCCUCAAUGCCCCACAGAUAUCAAACAGUGGGGCAUGUCUGCCUUCGGUUAGGGUUCAAAUCCUCACCAUGUAAGAGAGAAUGUGUCAUUUUAUUGUACUGUUGUCGUUCUGAAAGAAUAAAGCUAAUCUUUUGAUGACA